AUGUACACUCAGAUCUUCAUUAGAACACUCCCAAACUAUCACAGGACAACCUCAGUCAAACUACUGUCACUCUUUACAAUCUUUGUCCUUUGCAACUUAGAUAUCACCACCCCAAAUUACAACAUGCAGUUCAGCUCUCUCACCUUCGCUGUCCUCCUCUGCGCAGCUUCAGGCGCUCUGGCCCAGAACCAGCCAAGGGACAAGUACAAGUGCUAUGUGCCUUUCGAUACCUGCGACAAGCCCAUCCCCGCAGAGCUGAAGGCAUCGAUGGCCAAGGAAUUCGGUACCCGCAGCCAAUGCAGAACUACAGAAGUCGUCUACUACGGCGCCCCCGACGCCGCGAUUGAGGGCGUCUACUGCGAGCCCGGCCCGGUUCGUGCCAUGGGCGGAAUGUUCAGCUACAGCGUCGGUCGCGUUUCUACCGCGUGCCACGCCAAGUGCGAGAUCUGGGGCUAG